UCACCCCUUCCCACUCCAAACCCACCUGGCAGUGUCUCCAGGGAACGUGCCUGUGACCUCGGUGUCUCUGCAGAUCCCGCCCCAGAGGGCGCCUCUGAGAUGGAGCCAAGUGUUGGGGGCAGAGGAAUCCCAGAUGCUCCUGGCGCGGCAGGCGCUGGGGGCUGGAGCAUCAGAGAGGAGCAGAGCGACACGCCAGGAUCCUGGGCAGUGAAAGCAGAGAGCGCGUCCCAGAGCCUGGGCUGUGGGGAGCUCCUGGCCCCGGGGAGCGGCCGUGUCGGGGACGUGCUGCUGAUCUGCACUGAGUGCGGGGAGAGCUUCGGGCAUCACGAGGCCCUGAUCGCCCACCAGCGAGGCCACGCUGGGCAGGGGGCCGGGCCCUUCACCUGCCCCCAGUGCCAGAAGGGCUUCAAGCACAGAGCCAGCCUGGUGGCACACCAGCGCGUGCACACGGGCGAGCGCCCCUACGCCUGUGCCCAGUGUGGGAGGGGCUUCCGCUACAAGACCUGCCUGGUGGUGCACCAGCGCGCCCACUCCGGCCAGCGCCCCCACAAGUGCCCGCAGUGCGGCAGAGCCUUCCUGCAGCGCGGGGACCUGCGUGCCCACCUGCGCACGCACACGGGCGAGCGCCCCUUCGCCUGCUCUGAGUGCGGCCUCCGCUUCCCGUCCCGCCGGAACCUCGCCUGUCACCAGCGCCAGCACCCGGACCUGGGCCCCCACCAGUGCCAGCAGUGCGGGCGCAGCUUCCGCCACAAGCGCAAUUUGGUGCGGCACCAGCGCGGCCAUGCUGGCACCCAGCCCUACCGCUGCCCCGAGUGCGGGGACGGCUUCUGCUACAAACAGAGCCUGGUGGCCCACCAGCGGGAGCACGCCACCCCCCGGCCCUACCCCUGCCCCCAGUGUGGCACCAGCUUCCAGCACCAGGCCAACCUGGCCAUCCACCAGCAGAGCCAUGCCCCCCCAGCCACCUACACCUGCCCACAGUGCCAGCAGAGCUUCAAGUACAAGGGCUACCUGCGCAUGCACCAGCGGAAGCACUCGGCCCCUGAGGCCGAGGGGCGGGAGCGCCAGGCCCUGCCCGGCGGCGGGAGGCUCUUUACCUGCGCCCAGUGUGGGAAAGGCUUCAAGAACAAUGGCUUCCUCAUCAUCCACCAGCGAGCCCAUGCGGCCGGGGCACGGAGCACCAGCCCCACCCCUUGGGGUACCUAGCCCCUCUACCAGGCCUCGUGCCAUCAGCAAAGGGGCAGCGUUGCCAAGGGAGCUCUGAGUGUGGCCAGGAGGGGCCCAGCGUGCCAACAGGGCACAGUGUUAGAGGGAGGGGAGGGCCGGGCUGCUCAAACCCAGGGUGGCCAACUUGGGCUACUGGGCGUUGUCUGAAAGCACCAGCUCCGGAGUCCUGGGAGAACGGCAGCUUCGGACUCGAAGCACGGCUGUGGUGCUGGCAGGCGAAGGGCUAGUGGGGUGUCUGAGCACAUGGGGUUUGCGGGUUCUGCUGCCCUGUUGCCGGGUGCGUGUCCCAGCCCUGCCUGGUGCCCCCUAAUUCUCUCUUGGCCCCUCUGCCCCGUUUGCCCUUCAGGGAAGAGGCUGCUGAGCCGGGCUGGGAAGUCCCUGGAUGUGGCCCCGGGGGAGGAUGGGGGCUGGCUGUCGUGCCACACGCCCAGCUGUGAGGGGCUUUGCCUCGGCACGGCCCCGGGGAGGCGGCUGCUGGAACACGUAGUCCAGUGCUGGGAGCCGAAGAGCCCCGAGUGUGUGGGGGCUGGAGGAAAUACCUGCCCGGAGAGGCUCCAGAGCGGCGUCCCGCAGAGAACCAGCCGCUGGCGCAGCGCUGACACCGCCCCCCUUCAAACUGAAAUAACAGCCCAUCCCCCCCAAACCCCACCCCCACAACAAGCUGCCCAGAUGUGGGAGGCCUCUGCCCUGGCUCAGAGCCUGCCCCUGUGGCCAGGGGAUGGGCAGGGGCCCUGGCCCUAGAGGUGUGGGGCUCCUGCAGGAGGGAGCUGUUAGUGGUUGCUGGAGCCCUGGGGCCAGACCCAAGCGUCCCCCUGGGCUCUGCUCCAGUGCAGGGUCGGCUGCAUGGGUCGCCUCGCUGGAGCAGAGGCAGGGCCAGCCCCCCUGUGGCUAAUCACAACCUCCCCGCUGAGGCUGGUGUUUCAGGGGCCGGUGCUUACCUGGGCCCCAGGCGAGCCAGCAAGUGCUCAGUAGGCUGAGAGCUGGGAGGCUCCUUCAGGAGCGUCUGGGCCAGGGGCCAGCCCCCAGCUUGGCUCCACUCGACACCCAGGCUGAGGGGCAGCAGCGGCCAGAGCUGGUGGGAGAUCGGCCCCUGCAGCCCCGUGUUGGGGGAGGGACACGGCGGGUCUGUUUGGAGAAAUAAAGCUGAAGCGCUGCAGGCAGGGCCUGGGAUCCGGCUGGUGCGUGUUCUGUGCUGCAGGCGCUGCUGAGCUCACUCACAGCUAAGUGAGCUCCCUGCCCUCUAGGGCUGCCCCCCAUA